AUGCUUAUACAAAAUAAAGUGUGUUUGGCUGGUUUAGUAGAAACUAGAGUUAAAAAUAAUAAGUUGAGUUCAGUUCUUAGAGGAAUAGCACCAGGUUGGCAGGUGCUACACAACUAUGAAGAUAGUGCUAAUAGCAGAAUUUGGGUGAUAUGGGAUGAUAAUUGGUAUGAAGUCAAGAAAAUUUCCAGCUCAGCUCAAAUGUUGCAUUGCCAGGUGAAUGAAAGGAGUAAGGGAUACCAGAUUAUGCUAACAGUAGUAUAUGGUCUUAAUACAACUGAGCAGAGAAAGAGUUUGUGGAAAGAUUUGGAAACUCUAGCACAAGGUAUUACACAAUCUUGGUUGAUAGUAGGAGAUUUUAAUGCUGUAAUGUAUGCUAAGGAUAGAAUAGCUGGGGUUCCUGUUACUAGUAAUGAGAUAAAAGAUUUUGGAGAUUGUGUGAGAGACAUGGGGGUUAAUGAACUGCAAUGGAAUGGUAACUACUACACUUGGAAUAAUAAGCAAUGUGGAGAGAGUAGAAUCUCAAGUAGAAUAGAUAGAGCCUUUGGCAAUGAUGAAUGGAUGGAUAACUGGGGGCAUGUAGUGGUAGAGUAUGGGAAUCCAAAUAUUUCAGAUCAUAGCACUAUGAUGUUAACUCUGGAAAAAACUCAACAGCAUGGGAAAUGUAGCUUCAAAUUUUUCAAUGUUUGGACUGAGCAUGAGAGGUUUAUGGAGAUUGUAGAAAUUGCAUGGAAAAGACAUUAUGAUUAUGAUGCAAUGAAGAAGGUGUGGUGUAAAUUGAAGGAUCUACAACAUAGACUACAGCAGCUGAACAGGAAAGAAUUCAAGUACAUUGGGAAGAAGAUUGAACAGGCUAGAAUAGAUGUAGCAAAUGUUCAAAAUCAGCUGAAUGAACAAGCUACUGAUGAGUUGAUUAUGAAGGAGAAGGAGUUAUUGAUCAAUCUUGAAAAAUGGUCCUUAAUUGAAGAGAAUGCUCUGAGACAAAAAUCAAGGAUUAAAUGGAUUCAACUGGGAGAUGCAAAUAACAAGUACUUUAGUGCAGUCAUUAAAGAGAGAACUCAAAAGAAGCAAGUAAGAAGUAUUAUGACCUUAAGUGGUCAAAUGAUAUAUGAUCCCCAGGAAAUCCAAGAGGAGUUUGUGAUAUUUUAUAAGAGUUUGAUGGGGACUUCAGCAGGAAAGCUACCAGCAGUCAAUGUAAAAGUGAUGAAGAGAGGGCCUGCACUGACACCACAACAAAGAAUUCAGUUGUGUAGAGAAGUAACUGAAUAG